UGUUAAAGUAAAUUGGAGAAAAGAAUAGGACGAAUUAAUUUCAGCGAAUAGUCGAAUAUUAGAAAUCGUGAGAAAGAAAGGGGCAUUAGGGCAGAGGCCUGACAAUGGUGUGCGACAAGUGUGAGAAGAAGCUGUCGAAAGUUAUUGUACCUGAUAAGUGGAAGGAAGGCGCUAGCAAUACAACCGAAGGCGGAGGGCGUAAGAUCAACGAGAACAAGCUCCUCUCCAAGAACAAAAGAUGGACUCCCUAUGGGAAUACGAAAUGCAUCAUCUGCAAGCAGCAAGUGCAUCAAGAUGGCAAGUACUGUCACACCUGUGCUUAUAGUAAAGGAGUAUGUGCUAUGUGUGGCAAACAGGUACUUGACACUAAGUUCUAUAAACAGAGCAAUGUAUGACAUGUUUUGUAAGAGGAAUGGAAGUGAGGAUGGUGGGGUUGUUGCAAUUAUUCAUGGCACUUGCAAUGAUGAACAACUUAAGUAGAGAUGUAUUUUUAUUUAUGAAAAAAAUGAACGUUUUCUAAGCAACUAUGUAUGUAUGUGGUGGGAACAGUAGAAAUCCAGUUCUAGUUGUGAAUUCGGUUAUGAUCAAUGAUGUUGGUAUCCCAUUAAAUGAGAUUUAUAAUAUACACUUUUAUCUUC